GCGCGGCACCGCCCCUUCCGCCGGCGUGUCCGCGUGCGAGGGUCCACGGGCGCGUUUGCUGCGCGGCGGGGCCGGGCCGGGCCGAGAUGCCCCCGAAGAAGGGAGGCGAUGGGGUCAAGUCGCACCCGAUCAUCGGACGGUUCGGGACGUCCCUGAAGAUCGGGAUCGUUGGGCUGCCGAACGUGGGGAAAUCAACAUUUUUCAAUGUGUUAACUAAGAGUCAAGCAGCAGCAGAAAAUUUCCCUUUCUGUACUAUUGAUCCAAAUGAGAGUCGAGUACCUGUGCCAGAUGACAGAUUUGACUUCCUAUGCCAGUAUCACAAACCUCCAAGCAAAAUUCCAGCAUUUCUGAAUGUGGUGGAUAUUGCUGGCCUUGUGAAAGGAGCCCACACUGGACAAGGCUUAGGAAAUUCCUUCUUGUCUCACAUUAACGCCUGUGAUGGGAUCUUUCAUCUGAUGCGAGCAUUUGAAGAUGAUGAUAUCACUCAUGUUGAAGGAAGUGUAGAUCCUGUUCGUGACAUUGAAAUAAUACAUGAGGAACUUAGACUUAAAGAUGAGGAGUUGAUCAUGCAGAGCAUAGACAAGCUUGAAAAAGUAGCUGUAAGAGGAGGAGACAAGAAAUUAAAACCUGAAUAUGACGUAAUGUGCAAAAUCAGGACGUGGGUAAUAGAUGAAAAGAAAGCUGUCCGCUUCUAUCAUGAUUGGAAUGACAAAGAGAUUGAUGUUUUGAACAAACAUUUGUUUUUUACUUCAAAACCGAUGAUCUACUUGGUUAAUCUCUCUGAAAAAGACUACAUUAGAAAGAAAAACAAGUGGUUGAUAAAAAUUAAAGAGUGGGUGGACAAGCACGACCCGGGUGCUUUGGUCAUUCCUUUUAGUGGGGCCUUGGAACUCAAGUUGCAAGAUAUGAGUGCUGAGGAGAAACAGAAGUAUCUGGAAGAGAACAUGACACAAAGUGCUUUAGCAAAGAUCAUUAAGGCUGGAUAUGCAGCACUCCAACUAGAAUACUUUUUCACUGCAGGCCCAGAUGAAGUGCGUGCAUGGACCAUCAGGAAAGGGACGAAGGCUCCUCAGGCAGCAGGGAAGAUUCACACAGAUUUUGAAAAGGGAUUCAUUAUGGCUGAAGUAAUGAAAUAUGAAGAUUUUAAAGAAGGAGGUUCAGAGGCUGCUGUCAAGGCUGCUGGAAAAUACAGACAACAAGGCAGAAAUUACAUUGUGGAGGAUGGAGAUAUUAUCUUCUUUAAAUUUAAUACACCUCAACAACCCAAGAAGAAAUGAAUAUCAGAUGUUGUUCAUUCAGAAAUAAACUGUGUUGCUUCAAAAAGCAUAUGAAUUUUUAUUUGGGAUGGAAUAUCUGGAAACAAAAAGCAUACAGUUUCUACCUAGGGAACCUCCCCUCCCCCCAGUGAAAUUAUUCUUGUUUGUUUUGAAUUAAAAUAUGGCACCUCCAGCGAAACAUGCAAGUUCACUAAAUGUGAACAGCUUUGCAUUUCAAACGAUUAAGACCCUACUCCAAAUUGUAGGAGCUUUUCGGGAACCAUAUUACUCUCAUGAUACUUCAUUAAUCUCCAUCAUGUAUGCCAAGCCUGACACGUUUGACAGUGAGGACAAUGUGGCUUGCUCCUUUUUGAAUCUACAGAUAAUGCAUGUUUUACAGUACUCCAGAUGUCUACACUCAAUAAAACAUUUGACAAAACCA